GCGUGAUGGUGUCCCGUAUUUGCGCCUCGGGCCACCUGUUUUUGGGGGACAGCAGGGCUGUGGUGGGCGGCUCUGGGGCGGGGUUAUGAUCUAAUUCUCCGACCCCCUGCCUUAUCCUGCAUGACUAUAUCACGCACCGCAGUGGACACUAGACAUAACUCUGCGGUUGUGGGAGUUGCACGAUCUCCGUAUGGGCUUGGGAAAAUAGCUCACGUCGAGAAAUCAAACUGAACUUCUGCCUCUGGAAGUUUUUAACUUUUUGCACAGUUUUUUUUUGUUAGCUGUCCGUAGAUUGAAGGGACUUUGUGCGUAAAAAUCAGGGCAACAUCUGUACACAUCAGCUCCGUCUUCUUCAAGGUACAGCGAUGCCUCGAUCUUUUCUCGUUAAGAAAUAUUUCACCAGUAAAAAGCCGAAUUACAGCGAACUGGAAAGUCAAAGCGGCACCUUCUCAGCAGGUGUACCGGAGAGGUACCCUUUAGCGGAGCUCCCCACUGGGGAGAACGGUCUGUCUACAGCCUGCUGCCCUGCCGGCCUGGUGUGGGACGUCAGUAUCCUGCCCGGCCUCUACACCCCAGAGCCUGUUUCCAUUCCCUCUCCCACGGGACCCCUGGACCUGAGCAGCUCCCAUUCCAGCAGCAGCGAGGAGGAUGAAGGGCGUUCGUCGGACCCCCCUAGCCCGGAGCCUGCCGAACGACACCAGUGCCCGAACUGCGGCAAGAGCUACGGCGGACCGGCGGCACUGUCCCGCCACCGGCUGUCUUGCCGCGCGAAGGACGAGGCCGCCGUACCGGCCACACGGCCCGCCUUCCGCUGCAAGCACUGCACUAAGGAGUACAACAGCCUGGGGGCGCUCAAAAUGCACAUCCGCUCGCACACGCUUCCCUGCGUCUGCACUACGUGCGGCAAGGCUUUCUCCCGGCCCUGGCUGCUACGUGGGCACAUCCGCACGCACACAGGCGAGCGGCCAUUCUCCUGCCCCCACUGCAACCGGGCCUUCGCGGACCGCUCCAAUCUGCGGGCUCACCUGCAGACCCACUCCGAGGUGAAGAAGUACCAGUGCACCCGCUGCUCUCGAACCUUCAGCCGCAUGUCGCUGCUGCACAAACACACGGUGGCCGGCUGCUGCUCGUCCCCCUCCUCGUAGGAGGACCGACGCACCCAUAUCCCCCAAAACUGGCCUUCGUCUGCACAGCAGUGGAGACAGAGGCCAACCGGAAACGAUGACACAGUCUACAUGUCUGCGGGGAGAGAAACCCCUCCCACUCCUGGAUUUAAUUCCUCAAGUCCCCUUUUUGAAUGUUACAGAAAGAAAAAUACAACCCCCCCCAAUAUGAGCCGGACAGACUCUACAUGUGGUAUCCAUUCCAUCGUCCUCGUGGGAUGUGAGUCGGCCAGCUGGAAUACAGAGAGUAGGAUGUGCAGAGUGUUCCCAGGAUACCGGCUGGCUCGGGACUGUGGCCUCGGUGCAGCUGCUGGCGAGUGUGGGGGGGGGCGUGUAGGUUUGGGGGGAGGGGAGGCGUCUCUCAACACGCUCCACACACAUCCAGGAAUUUAUUGGGACAGCUGCUUCGGCACAGAGCUUUGGAGGGAGGGCGCUGACAUAUGUGCUAACCCUGACCUCCGGUGCUCCACCAGCAGGUGACCCCCCCCCCCCCCCCGUAAACAUUGAGAACUGACUUGUGGGAAAUCAGGCCGUUCAUGCAGGGCGAAUCGUUGGUCUGUGGGUCGCCGCUUUCCAAAAUGGACCAGAUUCUUCACUUUCCACGCCGUUGCGUAUUUUCGGACAUGCGACCCCUUUCCGGCACCGUUAUGUCCUGAUUGCUUGAGCUAAGGUUGUCCUGCACAACUUCGAUUUACAUGAUGUUAGUCUUCCCCUCUCUGGGGUGUGUGUCUUCACUCUUGCAGAAGUAAACUAGACAAAAUAUGUGCCUUACUUUGGAUGGUAAUCCUUUCUGUGUGUGUGUACUUGUUUUUAUACAAUGCUAGUGCUGCAGUAUUUGAUAUGCAAGGGGUGGGGGGUUAAGUUUUGGACCAACCAUCAAUUAUACAAUGUAUUUUAAGAAAUCUACCACGUGCGAGUCUGGUUGAAAAAAAUGUGUUUACAUUACGGUUUAUGUUUUUAUCCCUCUACAAAAAAUCAAGUCAUGAAAGUUGCAGUGUGGGGGGGGUUGCUUUUGAAAGUGCGACACAGCCCCUUCACCAGACACCUUGUGUGAUUUUUAUCUGAUCUCUACUUUUUGUACAGGCAUCAAAUUAGCAUUCAAUAAAAUAAUUUAUGUUUGUAACAAAAAAA